UUUGCUUCCAUUUAAAAGCUACGGUAUCUUUGUCGCCCCAUUUGCACAAACCAUUGUCCUGGCUUGUACUAUAAUUCCGGGACAUUCGGCGGUCCUUUGGGGCUAGAAAUAUCAGACUCUACCUGAAACCCGCUGCACCUUGGCCAUGUUGUCUUUACGGCGUUGGCGACCUUUGACCCUGGUGACAGUCGUCUGGUUCGUAGCAUGUUGGUAUUUUCUGCGAAGCCCGUCGGAUUCACCUCAACUUCCAAAUGACACCAAGCAGACGGAGUCGGUGAGGUGGCAAAGACGUCCGGAGAGGCAUCCUGUGGCAUCACUCCGGUCACUUCCGCCAAUUCCAACACCAGCCCCAACCAUUCCACACAUUCAAAAGACCCAACCGGACGAAAAUGCCGAGGCCAAGGCGGUGCGGCUGCAGCGCCUGGCAGCCGUCAAGGAGAGUUUCCAGCACAGUUGGGGCGGUUACAAAGAGCACGCAUGGCUCCACGACGAGGUUUCGCCCAUCAGCGGUGCCGCGGUCGACCCUUUUGGCGGGUGGGCGGCGACGCUCGUCGAUUCAUUGGAUAUCCUGUGGAUCAUGGGCCUAAAGAGCGACUUUGAGUCCGCCGUCAACGCGGUGGGCAAGAUCGAUUUUGGCAGGGCCGAGGGCCGGACCAUCAACAUCUUUGAAACGACGAUCCGGUACCUGGGCGGGUUCCUGGCGGCGUACGAACUUAGCGGCCACAAGUACCCUGGGCUGCUCACAAAGGCCGUCGAGGUGGGCGACUUGAUCAUGUGCGCGUUCGACACGCCGAACCGCAUGCCCAUCUCGCGGUGGAACUUGGCGGCUUACGUCUCGGGCGAGCGUCAGGAGGCGCCGCGCCGGAUGCUGAUCGCCGAGCUCGGCUCUCUCGGCCUGGAGCUCACCAAGCUUUCGCAGCUGACGGGGGACAAUAGAUACUACGAUGCUGCGCAGAGGGUUGCCGACGAGUUGGAGAAGUCGCAGCAAAAGACAAAGCUGCCGGGGAUGUGGCCCGUCUUGGUCAACGCCAAACAGCUGAGGUUUGAUGUCGAUCGAAUGUUUACUCUAGGUGGCAUGUCAGAUUCGACAUAUGAGUACCUUCCCAAGCAGUACAUGAUUCUCGGUGGCGUUUUGGAGCAACCGAGGAAGAUGUACGAGGACUUUCUCGGAGUUGCCAAGAAAUACCUAUUGAAGAGGGUUCUCAACCGGGAUAAUGAGUCACUUAUCAGCUCCGGAGAUAUUUACAUCAAGGGAGGCAAGGGAGGCGCCGAUGAGGCCGCUCAGUACACACCGAGGGCGCAACACCUGACGUGUUUUGCCGGCGGCAUGGUCGGCAUCGGGGCCAAGAUCUUCAGCAAGCCAGAUGAUCUCGACGUUGCCCUGCAGCUGACGGACGCAUGCGUCUGGGCAUACAACUCGACGGCGUCGGGGAUCAUGCCCGAGAUAUUUUCUUUUGUGGACUGUGGAUCUGUCACAAAGCCCCGGGGCGAGGACUGCACUUGGAGCGAGACCAAAUGGCAAGAUGCUGUCGGGAGUACACUGAGCAUAGGGAAAGAUGAUUCGGGAAGGGAUACACUCAUCGAGCAUACCAUUAACAAAAAGCGUCUUUCGCCCGGGUUCACAGACAUCAGCGACAGGAAGUAUAUCCUGAGACCCGAGGCCAUCGAGUCCGUAUUCAUCAUGUACCGGAUCACAGGGGACGCAAAAUGGAUGGACAAGGCUUGGAAUAUGUUCAGCUCUAUUGAGAAGCACACGCGGACCAAAAUCGCGGCGGCGAGCCUGGACGAUGUCACCAGGAGGGAUCCGCACAAGGUGGACAGUAUGGAAAGCUUUUGGCUCGCUGAGACGCUCAAGUACUUUUAUCUUGUCUUCUCCGACUUUGAUGUCGUUAACCUUGACGAGUGGGUAUUAAACACAGAGGCUCACCCGUUGAAAAGGCCAUGAGGCUGCGGGAUGGACAUAAUGUAGGUAGUGAGUGGAGGACGCGUGUUUGUUUUUGGUGGUGCAUGCAUGAUGAGUAC